AUGGUGUGCCUAUCCUAAGUCAACUCUACGUUUGCGUGAACACCCAUCCACCACAUCCUAGCAGUGCUAAUUUACAUUGAGUUAUAAAAAGACUGACAUUGUUAGGGCCACGCAACAUGACACCGGCGACCGUCGCACCACUUUGUAAAGAUGAGCGUGUCAGGUGGGACUUGGACAGUCAAAACUGGGGAUGACGAGACUCCACUGCUAUUCUUAGCUCUUUUGUUCAGCGUUGAGAGAAGAGUUGGGACCGUACUAUCACCUCCACUACCACCCUAUACCCAGGCCACGAAGUCCAGACUGCCAGCCACCAAAGUAGUUCUCAUUUGACGAGAUGUGGAAGAUCAAACCCCCCAUCACGUACGCUUUGGAAGCAAAGUACAGGCCCCAUCUCGAGACCUUGGUCCCUACAGACCCCAUGUCCCUGUUCAACCUGAAGAGAGGUUCCCCCGAAGAGGAGUUCCCUACCCUAAAAUACAACUACACGUGUAUGGCGAGCAUCCUGACUCCAAAACUGUAUACUCGCCAGUUCAACCGUGCCACCCAGAGCGGGGUCAUCUUUGAUGAUGUCAUACGCCCGGGCCUCGAGGAACGAGGGGAGCUUCAUGGACCCAUGACUGUGGGUUGUGUGGCUGGUGACGCCCAGUCUUACAUCCUCUUUUGUGACUUCUUUGAUCGGGUCAUUGAGGCCUACCAAAACCACAAGAUGAGCAAGUUACAGGAGAGUGACUUUAAUCACGACAACUUAAAGGGAGGUGAUGAUUUUGACCGUGAUUACGCCUUGAGCUGUGAGGUGAGUGUGGUGCGCGGUGUGGAUGACUUCGGCUUUCCGACACACUGCAGCCGGGGAGAACGUAGACAGCUCUUCAUGCUGGCCAAGAAAGCCCUGGACCAAUUGGCAGAGGAGUUGCCAGGGAAGCUGUACUCAAGGGCAGAACUGUCACAUGACAAAGAAGACAAGGGAGUGACAGUGGGAGCUCCUUCCCUUUCCCAGUUGAGGAACGGGGUGGCCCGUGACUGGCCUGACUCCAGAGCUGUAUGGGUCAGUAAAGACGGGACCCUGGUGGUAUGGGUCAACAUUGACGACCACCUCAGAUUGGUGACCACGCGAGAUGACGCCAACAUCGCAGAGGCCUUCCAAUGUAUCUGUGUCAACAUCCUUAAGUUGGAGGCGCUGUACAAAAAGCUGAGGCACCCAUUCAUCUGGAAGCAGCAGCUCGGCUGGGUAGUGAGCUCUCCAGCAGAUGUGGGGACCGGCCUGAGGGCUAGCGUUCGUGUCAAGCUGCAACACCUGCCCAGAUACAAACGUCUGGAAGACGUCCUCAAGAGACUGCGCCUCCGCAUGGACAACACCGACUGCAGUGAGGUGUAUAACAUCAGUAAUGCCCAGACAAUCGGCUUGGACGAGGUGGGGUUCACGCAGCUAGUGGUGGACGGGGUCAAGCUGCUCAUCCGCAUGGAGAAGAGGUUAGAGGGUGAAGAGAACAUCGAUGAUCUGGUGCCUUUACAGAAGUAGAGCCGAGGAAGAUGGGAGGGAAAGGGACUGUUGUCCUAAUCAACACAAACGUCACAUUUUAGUAGUUUGACUGGGAGCGUGCUAUUGUAAUACUGUACAGGGCUUUUGAAGAGAAAGACAUGAUCAUGAGUUUUUCUAAAACCAACAAUGUUUUAACAGCUGACUAUGUUAAUGUUGAUUGUACUGUGUUCUAAUUAAAUUAACACUGUGACAUAGGUACAAAGACUUAUUGCAUCAAAAAGUAAAAUACUGUUCAAAAAUGAUGCUUAUGUGCUGAAUAUAAAAACUGACUUAAAAUA